AUGAGCAAUCCUAGCCGUUUCAUGGAGGGUAUGCCUGAGUACAUCAAACCAAAGAAGAAGAGACAUCAGAAAACCAAAUACAAGAGCCGUUUCUCCGAAUCAAAUGUAAAGAAGAUCGCCGACGAUCUAGUCGCUCAUUUUAAACGUUUUUAUACCAAUAUUUUUGGCUCAAAGCCCGAAUACAAAGCGGAAAAGUAUUUUACCAAGACUGAUGCGAAAGCGGUGGCCCAAGCGAUUGAAUAUAUCGAAGAACCCAGAUUAAUUGCAAAGCUUAUCGGAGGCAAGUGGUUUGAUGACCAGAAAGAGGCGGAUAGACUGGCCAAACACGCAGAGGAUGCAACUGCGUUGGAGGGUUUCAAGCGCGCUCGAGCCGCCGAAGUCAUCGAAGCCGAGGAGAGACGCUGUAGAGGAGAUCUUCUGACGAGUUCCUCCAAUCCUGUCACACUUCAACCAAAAGCAAAGCGGGUCAGAUUGUCUCCCGAAGAGAAAAAGAAAAACGAUGAGAAAAUAAAAGCCGAUAAAGCGGCUAAGAAAGCAGAAGAUGCCCGUGCGCUAGAAGGUUUCAAGAAAGCGCGAGCUGCUGAAGUGGUGGAGAGACGCGCGAAAGACGGAGAAAUCGAGAGCACAUCACUCACCUGA